AUGGAGGGUAUUCUUGGAAGGAAUAUAAGGCUGUGGCCGCCCACGGUCAUCAUUGCUAAUUGCAUUCAAUGUCCUCACGCUUCCCUUAAUGAGCUGUGGUCGCUUGCGUUUCAACAUGGCCAGAUUCGCGACAUGCUUUAGUCGUUUUUUAUUUCUUCCUCCUCCGUCGCGUGAUCCGGCGAGCACGGAAUAUGCAUGAUGUUUGUUGUCCCUUGUUUGCUCGUUCCGGAAAGCGUAAAACUCGCUUUACGACCUCGCUCGACGGGGGUGCUUUGAGGGCGGCGAGACUCUCAUGACCCCUGCUAACCUUGAGUGAGAUCCUGAUGAAGAAAGGAGCCAAUUCAUUAAUCCAGAUGAGAUCUCUCUCUUUCGACUGCGGGGCCUCGGAUGAAUUUUUCAUCUCCAUAUCCUCGCGCGCUGCGACUCCCCGAGGACGACACAUAUUCUCUGCUCCUCUCCAUCAUCAUUGAUGACGCGGAGGAGGCAAGAGGAGAAGAAAGAAAGAAACCUUAUCGAUGUCGGAAAUGACCUAAAAAUCCCCGACGCAGCUGAUGGGCCUCGGUGCAGCCCAGGGUCAAGGAUUCCUGAUGGGGAACCAACUGGCAGCAGCGGCAGCGGCAGCGGCCAAUCAAGGGGCGAGCCCCGUCUCGGUCUCGUCCGGCGUCACCGGGGCUGGCACCCCGGUGCCUCUCGCCCCCGGCUUCCCUCAGCUUCCCACCCAGGACAUCCAGCUGUCGGUGUUGCAGGCACUGCAACACACGAUCCGCCAGCAUCAGACGGCACUCCAGCAGCAGCUUCAGCAGUUCAUGCUCUUCCAGCCCGGUGCAGCUGCGGCCCAGACUCAAUUCUUCUUGCAGAAUCAGGUGCAACAGGCGAUAGCACAGGCUGCCCAGCAACUCCAGCAGCUGCAGAAGCAGCAGCAACUGCUGCAACAGCAGAUCCAGCAGCACCAGAAGCAAGAGCAUCACCACCAACAGCAGCAGCAGCAGCAACAGCACACCCUUCCGGUGUCGAUGCAGAGCGGGGGCGGAGGGAGCGGGCGAUCCUCGUCUUCGUCGUCCUCGUGGCAUUUUUCCCCGGCGUCCUCCGCCGGGAUGGGGGCGCCGUCGUCUGGGCGGCACGGACACGUCUCCACCACCUCCUACGAUGCGCUGCCGGGUGGGCCGCUCCACCACCCGCACUCUCACUCGCGGUCUCACCACCAUCAUCAUCAUCACCAUCAUCCGUUGCAUCGGUUGUCUCCUCCUACCUCGACGCACAUCCCUUCGCCUCCCUCGCAGACGCUCCCGCUCCCGCAUCCCCCGAAGCGCAUCUUCGAUCCUCCACCCGAUGAACACACGGACCUGGAAGAACUGGAGCAGUUCGCCAAGAUGUUCAAGCAACGCCGCAUCAAACUCGGUUUUACUCAAGGGGACGUCGGUCUGGCAAUGGGGAAGCUGUACGGGAACGACUUUUCCCAGACGACGAUAUCCCGGUUCGAGGCUCUGAACUUAUCCUUCAAGAACAUGUGCAAGCUGAAACCCUUGCUCCAGAAGUGGCUGGAGGACGCAGACACGACGCUGAACAACCCGGCGUCCCUGGCCAGCCCGCAUUCGACGGCCGAUGCGAUCGGGAGGCGGCGGAAGAAGCGGACGUCCAUCGAGACGACCGUCCGGGUCUCGUUGGAGAAGGCAUUCAUCCAGAACCCGAAGCCGACCUCCGAGGAGAUCUCCAUGCUUGCCGAAAGUCUCAUGAUGGAGAAGGAGGUGGUGCGGGUCUGGUUCUGUAACAGGCGACAGAAGGAGAAGCGGAUCAACCCGCCGAGUUCCACGUUCGGGAGCACGAGCCCGACGAUGACGCCGUCGCCGGGGGCCGGCGGGAUGUUCGGGUCUCCCGGGAUCCAGAGCUUCUCCACGCCCCUGUCGCUCGUCACGUCGCAUUCGCACCAUAGUCCGUUUCACACCAACAAUCAUCACAGUCCCGUGGGAGAAGACGACUCGCCGAAUCAUAGCUCCGGCAUGAAGUCUGAAUGAUGAUCGUCACUCUUUAUCUCUUCCACUCUACUUUUUUGUUUCACGAGUCGAUCGUACCUCAGUCAUGGGCUUGGUCUCCAGUGGUUUUUUUUUUUUAAGUCUCAUGCUGGUUUUAUUUCAUAUCAGGGAUUUUUUUUUUUUAAAUAGCACGAAGAGAGGCAAUGAAUGUGAUGAUGAAGGGUCCGUGAUCGCGUGUCCUCUCGACGUGUGACACCGUGCAUUGUUGUUGUUGGGUGCAAUAAUAGGAUGGAAACCAUGGAUUCCCAUCACUAUCUCUCUCUUUCUCUCAGACUGUCGCUCUUUCUCUUUCUCUCUGUCUCUAUCUGCAUAUUUCGCAAUAGGUCUUUUUGAAGAUAUUUGGCCUCAGUGUGCUCAAACGGCGCGAAAGAGAGAAGGAGAAAAAUCCUGGCUUUUGUGAUGCGAAUCGGUAGUCCCUCUGAGGCGAAAAUCCAAUCCCAGAAGCCUCGAGACACGAUAUCCUCCUGUUUUGCGAUGAUUCUAUAUUUUUGGUGGGAGUGCAAAACGCUGCUGGGAAUGGGUUUUCCCUCUCGUUUGUUGUCUUUUUUGGAGUCUCCCCCGUCUUCCAGUGUGUCUCGAUCCCAUCGAGAGGGAGGGGAAAUAAAGAGAGAGAGAGAAAAAAAAAAGCCAACUCGAUCGUGCACCACAAAGUCGACCCAAAGUUCCUAUGUAUAAGUGCUCUUUGUUUAUAUAAAUGAGGAAGAAAUUAUUAGUAGAGGAUAUGAAGAGUCUGGAAUCGUUGGGAGAAAGCAUAUGCGAAGCUCAAAAUGAAAAAAUAAAAAAAGAGGAAAGAAAAAAAAAUUCCCCCUGCUAGGCUUAGACAGUGAUACUGAUCUGGACAUAGUCUUCUGUGUUUUUUUUAUAAUUAUUAUUCUGUCUCUCGAUAUAAAGAAAACUGUUCUACCUCAGCUGCAAAGCUUUAUAUCGCACACGAGUCUCCAGACGAUAAUCCGGACGAGUCGACACGAGACGAUGUGAUGCAAGCCCUGUGUCUCUCUCCUCUUGGGUUAUAUAUUUCCCUUACAUUCCAAUCGACGUUUUCUUUUUUUUCUUUUUUUUUUAAAGAUUUUUCUCCCGAGAUUUUGAAGCGAAAUGUGAGUCGCGCGAGAGUGCUUCCUUUUGCUUUCUGAUGUGGACGAAAAGGGCGACGUGACGACAUAUCCGUGUAUCCAAAUUUCUCAUUCAUUUUUUUUUUCCGCUCCAAAUUUGCCUCCCAAAUGAUAAUGCUCAGGAGAUAAGUUAUUGCACACGAUAUUUGGAGGCAAACUUGGGGGCGAAAGGAAGCCCGUCGGAAUGAGUUAAAAGUUAAAAGAAAUGGGUGGAGUCGGGUUGCCCCAGAACGUGCCAAGUCCGAGUCGGAACGGGAGGUAAGCUCGAAAAAAAAAAAACAUUCCAGGAAAAUCCAUUAGGGAAAAGGUCGGUGAUUUUUGUGAGUUUUUUUUUUGCUUCGGUCAUAAUUUGUUCCUUGUUCGGAUUCCCUCGCCCACCACCCCCGACCCAGCCGAAGCACGACACCGUAUUUAUUGAGCAGGCUCCCUCGGGGGCGGAGUUGGCAAUGGAUGUUCCCUCCCUCCCCCCGUCUCCGUUGUAGAGGAAUGGAAUGGAAAGGGAUGAGUUCCUUUUUUUGUCCUUGCGGUUAUGUCUCUCUGUAAUGUCGUGUACAAAGGGAAGAUGGACAUUUUUGUUAUGAUGCAUUUUAUAGAUGCC